AUGGCCUCUUGGAUCUUCCAAAAUCUUCUUACACCAGCCGAUCUUCAUGAUGAUGAAGAGGAGGACAAGGUACCAACUUCUCAGCUUUUGAAUUCAAACAACAACACCACUACCACCACUACUGGUACUACUACUACUCGAGAGGAUCAUGUCGAUAUUGUUCAGGUAAAACCCAUUCUCUCUUCUUCUUCUCGAACAUCAUCCAUCGAUGUGAGUGUUUCGGACUUGUUGCAUCGAAUCGAAACCUCUUCCCUUCAUGAUGAUAAAAUUGAAGCCAUGGAACAUCUCAUUGAAUUAUCCUCUCAAGACAAUCAAAGCUCGUCGACUAUGACUCGUUUCAAUCAUCACAAAGAAUUCAAAGAAAAUUUCCCUAAACUCAUGAAUUAUUUAAAUCAAAAUGAAAAUGAAUCUACUACUCGUCAAUAUUUGACAAUUAUAUGUAAUUUGGCUCAACUCGAAAACCAUGGACCUAUUUAUUUAGAUUUAAUGAUCAAAAAUAAUAAUUAUUUAUCAAUUUUAAUUUCUUUGCUCAACGAAAAUAAUUCCUAUAUUAGGUAUCAAACAAUUCAAUUAUUGAAUAUACUUUUACAAUACAAUUCUCUAGUCCUUCAAGAUGCUAUUCUCAAAGAAGCAGCAAUUCCAUUAAUAUUGUCGUUAUUGAAUGAAUAUGGAGUACUGAGAAAUGAAGGAAUUCUAUUUUUAAGAAAUUUAACAAGAGAAAUUAAUCAAUCUCUUUCAGAACCACAAGAACACACUAUGGCCAUUGGAAAUGAGUUAAAAAAGAUUAUUGUCUUUGAGGGUGCAUUUGAAAAAUUAUUUGGAAUUAUUUUACAAGAAGGAGGAAAUCAAGGAGGAGUUGUCGUUCUCGAUUGUCUUUAUAUUAUUUUAUAUUUAUUGAAAGACAAUGAAUUGAAUCGAAAACAAUUUUUAAUGCUCCAAAAUUUUGGAAUGUCAUUUUUGUAUCCAUUAUUGGUCAUUCCAGAGUUUAAAUUUGAUUCUACUCUCCCUACUGCUAGGAUGAGUAGUGGUGGUAGUCUUGGUAUAAGUAGUAGUAGUGGUAUUGAUGGUAAUAUUGGUGAUAAAAGUAGUAGUGGUAGUGGUAGUGGUGGUACUAUGACGACUCGUACGAAUACUGGUCUUCAUGAUGAUCACACGAUGAAAUCAUCAUCUGACAACAAUCUCGAGUCAUCCUCUUUUGGCUUUCUCAAAAGUGUGGCUGGAGUUGCCAUGAAUUUAAUGAGUGGUGGUGGUACUAGUUCUAAUGAUACACAAUCAGAACUGAAUUCUCAACAACAUUCCAAUCUCUCUUCACACCUCUUGAGUGAUCAUUUUAGUAUUUCCAAUCCAAUGUAUCCCAUGAUGAUGGUAUUGAAUAAGAAUGAACAACAAGAAAUUUUCAAACAAAAUUUCAAACACAUUGCAAACAGUGAAAAACAAUUAGAAAUUAUAUCCAUUGUGUUGGAUAUCAUUUUAGAAUUGAUGAAAUCUACUAGAGAACCUGUCAAAGAUAUAAUUACACAUCAUCACAGAGGUGGAACAAGAAAUACUUCUCAGAUGAGUCUUUUAAUUCCAAUUUUGAAAUUAUCUUUGGAUUAUAUUUUUACAUCCAUUGUGGGAAAUGAUUCUUCUCAACAACAAGAAUUCUUUCAUUUAAUUCCACCUCUCAUUAGAACCAUCAUGUAUGAUAUUAACAUGAAAUCUAUUUUCAUUUUAGGACAUUUAAUGUAUAACAAUCGAAUUGCUCAAGAAGUAUUAGAAGGUUAUUUCUUUCAAUAUGGAAAUACAAUGUCCAUUCCAAGUCAAUUAUUAAUGAGUAAUGGAAUUCAAAAUGUAUUGAUCACCAAUUCAAGUGGAAAUGGUUUGAUACAUUCCUUAAUGAUUGAAGAAUCAGCAAUUAUUCGAUUGUGUAAACUUGUUUUAUACGAUGGUGAUGAAUAUCGAAGACAAUUAGCAUUUUCUACAUUGAGAAGAUUUCUUUACAACAACAAAGAAGGUCAAUUACUCAUUGCCUCCACAGUGAAAGCACCUCAUUUAAUAUCAUGUUCCUCUGAGGAGUGCAUGUUAUGUGGAAUUGUAUUAUCCGAUGCAUUAUUCUCAUUGGAUCAACCUAAAUUUCAUCCUCUCGAAAGUGUUCAUGCCAUUUCUAUUCUAAGUGUCAUCCUUCGACAAAAUACAAAAUGUAAAGAUAUUCUAUUAGAGAUACCUUAUUUUGAAAGUAGGAGUGGUAGGAGUAGUAGUAUUCAUCGUGGUGGUACAAGUGGUGGUGUCUCGAGUGGUUGUGGUAUUCAAAGUGGUCAGAGUGGUCAGAGUAGUACUAGUAGUAGUAUUCAAAGUAUUCAGAGUGGUCAGAGUGGUCAGAGUGGUCAGAGUGGUCAGAGUGGUCAGAGUGGUAUUCAUCGUAGUGGUGAUCCUCCCACCUCAACAACAAUGACGAGUAGUACUAGUAGUAAUGGAGAUGAUAACAACAUCAGCAGCACUGGUGGUCCAAUCCUAUUGUCAUCAUACUUCUCCAAAUCCUUCUUCACAUGUCUCAUUAAUCUUGUGGUAUAUGCCAUCAAAUCUCGAGCCCAUGAUUUUUAUACAUGUGCCUUAUUGAGAUUAUUGUGUGAAUGGAUGAAUGGAAGUUCACAAUCUGCUCGAAAAUUUAUUGAACAUUCUCGUUCAACAUUAUUAUUUUUCUCUGAAGUCAUCACGAGUGAUAUUGGCAUGACAGCAAGUCCUCUCAUUCAAGCCUUGUGUUGUAUGUUGUUAGGACUUGUGUGUAUUGAAUAUGAAGAUCCAUUGACUCCAAUUGGAGUAUGGAAUCAUCAUGUGGGUGGUGAUGGUAGUAAUGGUGGUGAUGAAGAAGGAGUUCACCAUCAUGAUUCUAUUCCUGUUGGAAGGAUUACCAAAACAUGUGUCAUUGAUAUAAUUCAAAGACGUGUGGGUAUUCAGAGAAUGAAAGACAAAUUUGAUAUUUUAAGACAACACAAUGUCAUGAUUGGUGCAUUGAAUCAACCCAAAUUUAAUUAUGAAUCUCUACAAAUUAGUGAUACCACUCCUAUUGAAGUACUUCCCAUUGAUUUGGAAUUUGCAACCUUUGCAUUAUCUGCCAUGAACACCAUUUUAACCUUCUUCUCUCAAAACACUCCUGAAAUGACUCUAGAACAAAAUAUUCUCUUAAAAGAUUUGGAAAAACACAACAAGAAACUCCAACAAGAAGAAAAAGAACGACUGAUUCGAGAAAAAAAUCAAGAAAUUGAAAAACGACAAGUCGUAGAAGAAGAAUACAAACAACAAAUUUCAAAACUUGAAUAUGAAAUUCAAACUCUCAAACUGGAAAAGGAUACCACCAUUCAUGAAAUUAACUCAACCAAUGAAACGUAUCAAAAUCAAUUAAGAAAUCUCUCCAAUGAAAAUCAAAAACUCAAAACUCGAAUCACCGAACUCUCCGAACGAUUGAAUACUCUUCAAGAUGAAAAGAAUCAUCUCUCUGAAUUGAAUCAACAAAUGGAAAUGAAUCAACAACAAACACAACAACGAGUUUCAGAGUAUAAGGCUCAACUCGAACAAACUCAACUGAAAUUGAAAACUCUACAAGAAAGAUUCGAUUCCGAACUCCAUGAAAAGGAAUUUAAAAAUAAUUUACAACAAGAGCAAUUGAAUCAAUUACAAUUACAAUUGAAACAAAAAGAAGAUGAAAUUGAACACAUGACGAGAGAAUUUGAAGAAAAAAUCAACCAAUUGAAAAAACAAGAAUCUAUGAAUUUCUCCAAUCAAUUGUCAAUGAAAGACUCUCAAAUCAAUUCUCUCUAUUCAGAAAACGAUUCUCUCAAACAAUACAUUUCUCAAUUAACAGCAUCAAAUCUUCAACAAACAGAAAAGAUGGAACAAGUGUAUCGAGAGAAGGAAAUGGCAGCAUUGAAUCAGUCCAAUAGACUUCAACAAGAAUUGAAACAAAAACAAGAUGAAGUUCAGAAUUUGUUGAAAUCCAAUGAGAGUUUCCAACAAACCAUUCAAUUGAUGCAAAAUGAUCUCAUGAAUCUAAAGAAUCAAUUCACACAAAAGGAUUCCUCAGUGAAUGCACUACGUCAAGAAAAUGAAACACUCAAACAAAACCUUUCUCAAAUGAAUUUAAAUCAUCAACAAUUAUUGCAACAAUUUGCAACUGUACAGGAAUCUCUCAAAAAGGCUAAAUUGAUCAUUUCUGAAAAGGAGAAACGUAUUGAAGAACUUGAUAAAGAUAAUGAAGACAUGAUUGAUAUUAUUGAAAAGUUGGAAGAAAAGUUGGCUCUUAUGGAAGGAAACAAUAAAUAA